AUAUAGGCAUUGCUAGUAAUUUAUUAAAAUGUGAUAAAAUUGCUUAUAUAUUAAGCCAUUCCUAUUAACAUUUUCAAACCACCAGUUUCUUCUAGAUGACAUGGAUCCAAUUUUUGGUAUUCAGUACUGUAUCUUUCAUGCUGUUUAUAGUUCAUGCCAAUAAAAGAAGAUGGGUGCACAGAGUAAAAUUCAGUAGACAUUUUUGCAUUCAACUGCUAAACUGGAAAGCAAAAAAACAAGACUGUGACCUGGGAGAUAGUGGCAGUAUUACUCCAACAGUGAAAUUGACUGGUCUUGAAAUGAAAAGAGGGGAGCCUGCCAUCUCUAUACCAUUAGCAAAAGCUAGCCCCAGCUACAGAGCAAAUUAUAAUUUUUGUGGCAUGUACGAUUGGAGAUACCACCACCCACUGCCUAAGGUUUUCUAUGUUCAAUUAACUGGAGGUGAGCGUGAGUUUUUUGGUGAAGGAAAGACUCUACAAGUUGCUAGACACAAUACUGCAAUAAAGCUCUUCAGAAUGAGCCAAUCCCUCCAAAAUUAUCUUAGGGGAAAUCUUCAUCUGCCUCCUGACGUUUAUCAGUGGAAACCAGCUGCACAAAACACCCCCAGUGCCUCCAUAAACUAUCUGACAUCCAAGGAAAUGAGCCAGACAUCUAUUUGUUUUUUCAGUAUAUCUCCUGCCACUAAGAAUACAGCUACAAUUGCAAGGGAAUUCCUCAUGAAUGGAACAUCCUCAAGUGGUAAAGCUAAAGGUCUAAAAGGAGUGUCAUCCAAAUCCCAUUGAUGUAUAGUAUAGCCUUCAAAACCACUGAAAUAUGUGGCAGGUGUAAUAGAUUGGAAUAAAUUACCCUUUACAACCAGUA